UGGCAAACAGAACUAAUUCUACUGACUCUAACUCCUAUUAUGGCUAUGAAUACUAUAUGGACUAUGUGGACCUUCCUCAAGUAGAUGAAAGAAAGUUGAAGGCUAACAAACAUUCAAUCGUCAUUGCUUUUUGGGUUAGUCUUGCAGCUUUUGUGGUACUUCUCUUCCUAAUUUUGCUCUACAUGUCCUGGUCUGGCUCAGUUCCAACAAGGGGUUCCCGUUCACACUGUAAAUGCCCAUGGAAUUAUAUCUUCAACCUGCUCUUCUUCGUGCAAAAGGCCAGAGGCUUUCAAAACAGCCUCACCAACACCUCACAGCCUCAAGGCCAAAUCAAAGAACUAGAAGAUGGAAGCUCUAGCUAUGAGCAGCCACAGGGUAAUAACUGCAUCCUGGAUUCUGUUCUAAUCAUUGUACCUCAAAAUACUCCUCCUGUACAAGAAAAUGAACAUUAUAGAAGCUUGGUGGUCUGAGCUGAUGGUAAAAUUGCCCUCUUUUUAAAAACAGUCAUGAUAUUCUCCUCAAUCUAGACUGAAGACUGAAGGGUGGAAGAAAAGUAUUAACUCCAUGGUAUCAGCAAAAAGAACAGUAUGAAUCAACCAAAUUAAUCAUACUUAUGGUGGCUUUAAAAAAAACAAAACUAAACCCAAAAAAUUUUUAAAAGCUCAGUUAGGUACAACAAUAGAUUUAGCCAGGUCAAGAUUGACCAUGAGGAAAAUUAGAACAUGCUAUUACCGAAUCAUUCUCCAAUUGAUAAACAGUCAAAGAAUAUGAAUGGACAAUUUUCAGAUGAUGAAAUUGAAACUAUUUCUAGUCAUAUGAAAAGAUGCUCCAAAUCACUAUUGAUCAGAGAAAUGCAAAUUAAGACAACUCUGAGAUACCACUACACACCUGUUAGAUUGGCUAAGAUGACAGGAAAAGAUAAUUGAUGAGUGUUGGAGGGGAUUGAUGCAUUGUUGGAGGAGUUGUGAACGAAUCCAACCAUUCUGGAGAGCAAUUUGGAAUUAUGCCCAAAAAGUUAUCAAACUGUGCAUACCCUUUGACCCAGCAGUGUUUCUACUGGGCUUAUACUCCAAAAAGAUAUUAAACAAAGGAAAGGGACCUGCAUGUGCCAAAAUGUUUGUGGCAGCCCUGUAUGUAGUGGCUGGAAACUGGAAAAUGAAUGGAUGACCAUCAAUUGGAGAAUGGCUGAGUCAAUUUGGUAUAUGAAUGUUAUGGAAUAUAUUGUUCUGUAAGAAAUGACCAACAGGAUGAAUACAGAGAGGACUGGCGAGACUUACAUGAACUGAUGCUGAGUGAAAUGAACAGAACCAGAAGAUCAUUAUAUAUUUCAACAAUGAUACUGUAUGAGGAUGUAUUCUGAUAGAAGUGGAUUUCUUCGACAAAAAGAAGAACUAAUUCAGUUCCAAUUGAUCAAUGAUGGACAGAAGCAGCUACAACCAGAAAAGGAACACUGGGAAAUGAAUGUGAACUACUUGCAUUUUUGUUUUUCUUCCCAGGUUAUUUUUUACCUUCUGAAUCCAAUUCUUCCUGUGCAACAAGAGAAUUGUUCUGUUCUGCAUACAUAUAUUGUAUCUAGAAUAUACUUUAACAUAUUUAACAUGUAUAAGACUGACUGCCAUGUAGGGGAGGGGGGAGAGGGAGGGAAGGGAAAAGUCGGAACAGAAGUGAGUGCAAGGGACAAUGUUGUAAAAAGUUACCCAUGCAUGUAUUCUGUCAAUAAAAAGCUAUAAUUAAAAAAAAUGUUAUUACAAUUUUACAAAUAAAAUAUGUUGCUGAUUUUAUGUAGGAUCCUCAAGUAGGUUAGUUGAUGUUUGUGUCUCUUAUGGGAGGAUGGCUCCAUAAUGAAAAUUUAAAAUUCAGUUCAUGAGAUUCAGUAGGUUAUUUGCAGAAAUGUGUAGAAUUUUAUCUAGAUGAAAAGAAAGACUCCUCUUGUAGAAGAGGAAACAGGAGUACAAAGGGAUCUGAAGUAGUUUUCUCUUUUCCUACUUUGACUUUUAUUGAUAUUAUACCUACUUAGUAUAUACUCAGGCUCUUAUUCAUUAUUUCAUUCUUAAUUUAUCAUUAAGCCCCUUUUUCUCCACUUUUCUGUACCUACCUCAGUACCAUAAAGUUGAGUCAGUCUCUGCCUACAUGAAAAAAAAAACCAAAAACUUUUUAAUGGAAGUUUCUCCCCCAGAAGUGACAGACUGUAAUAUAUAAUAUUAAAAACAUCAUGAGAAAAUAAAGAUUGUGCUUAACAAAA